AUGGCAGUACUGGUAGCCCUUAAAUGUAACCCUGCUCUUGACCUGCAGGUAGCGUUUCUGCCCCGGCUGCUCUCAGCUGGGUCGCAAGCGUGUUUUCGUGGGGUGCAUGGACGUGAGCUUUGCAAAGACAUCUCCACGGCCUUGACAAUGGCAGACGAAGACGACGAGUUCUUUGAGGCGUUUGAAGACCUCCCUCCCAGUCCACCAAAGCUGCCACACGCUCAGAAAAGUCCGACGCCGCAAGGGCUCAAGCCUCAAGACCAUGCGCCAAGCAGUGUCAAUGCGUCCGUCAAUGCGGUGGCCAAUGAAAUCCAGCCUCUGGGGCAGUCGGAGGAUUCCACCAGGGAACGAAGCCGCACUUUUGGGGGCACUGACUAUGCCCGGGGCACUUCACUGGGGGACUUUUCAAGGGAGCGGCCGGACUUGGCGGUUGCUCAGGGGCCUUCACCGAGAGCAUUCGCAAGGGAGCGGUCAGCAACGGUUGGGUCUGCACCCCAGGGAGUGACAGGGUUCAGGGACGCUGACCUGGCGGUGUGGAAGUCGGGUCCGAGCUCAGUGCGGGAACGCAGGGAACGGUUUUGGCAGAGCCAGGGGGGAGGGCCCCUGCCUGGGAUGAGCAGUAGCAACCUCCCCCCCGCGCCGGGAAGCCUUCCGGCUAGGAGGGGAUCUGCAACCCAGGCAAGAGGGUCGAGAACUGAUCAAGAUGCAGGGAAGGGCGCCGUGCUUGAGAAGAGGAGGAGCAGCGAGGGGGAGCGGCGGUUAACCAUCGGGUUUGACUCUAAACCACAGCCGAAACCAGCAGAUUCGCUGCCCCCUCCUGUUGCAUUUGUGGUCAGCAGUCAGGGCAGCGCACCGAUCGGCGACGGCAGGGGAGCCUCGGGGUUGACCAGUGCGCUCGCGAACCACAUUCCCCAGCUCCUGAAAGACAAAGCGGCGUCGGAUCCUCUGCCGCGGGGGGAUGAGCAACGGGGCCGGUCGGAAACCGCGCCGGCCGUGUAUGCAACAAAGGAGACUUCCAGAUUGGGGGCAGCUAGUUUCUCUGAGACUAGAGUACACAGCGAGAGUGUGAAUGGGCCCAGGCCUGCUCACGAUUCUAGGCCGCCUCAAAGCCAGUCCGUCUCCUCCAAUACCCAUUCCGCAAGUCAGUCAAAAGGGCAGUCGAUUUGUCCGGGGGGUCAGUCAUCGGUCAUCCCUAGAAGCGCUCCCCCCCUUGAACAGCUGCCAGCUUUACCCCCCCUCCAAACAAUCGCUUCCCCUGAAGAUAUAGUCCCCGCACUACCAGCCGUCACGACAGCUAAGGCGCGCCCCUGGCCGAGACGGCACGUGAGAACGCCAAGUGGCAGCGAUCCGGACAGCCAGCCUGCAACAACACCGCCACAUUCCGGGGGGGCCAGUCCGCUAGCUCCAAAGAGCCCCCUGCAGCAGGGAGUGAACGCGGCAAAGCACCUUUUGGGACAGGUGGCAAACCACCUGGGGGGGCAAAAAACCACCAAGCCAAACGGACCGUCCGACGGGUCUCCAAGCUCCAGUGUCGGUACUGAGUUGGAGCGUGACGUUCUGCGCCUGGGGGCUGCUAACGAGGCGGAAUUCACCCCCCCGGACUUCGUUCGGUCGCAGUCGGAGCAAGCCUUGACUCUUCCCGAGGGGGGCCUUCCCGUCAGCCCGACUGGCGAUGUGGUCUACCGGAUCAAGAACCUCGACACCGGAAAGGAGUUCUUUCUCGAGCAGAGCCUGGGAAACAGAGUAAUCGACGUCAACUCGGGCAAGGAACUUUCGAUCGACGAGGUCGAAGAAACGCUAGGGCUGUCCCCGGUUUCGAGAGAGGUGCAACGGCGGGAAUGGUUAGCGGAAGGGGGCGAAGAGGAGUUCCUCAGUCCGGGGGCCAGGCCAGAGUCAGAAAGCGACCCAGGUCCGGGGGGGGGGCGAGAAAAGAAGAAGAAGAACUGGCUGAACAAGGCGGUGAAGAAGGGAGCAGCGUACUACGAGAAGGGGAGGCGCAAGCUUCAGCGAGACGACAGCGGCAGUGGCAGCGACACCGACCGGCGACCAUUCGUGCACGGGCGGGGCUUCACGGACGCCCGAAUCGCGGGGUACGGUCCCGGGUAUGAGGCCGGUCCGAACGGGAAGGGGUCCGUGAAAGUGCACGUGCAACGGAAGGCGUUCAAGGAGCUGACGGACGUGCGGGUGGGGCAGGAGAUCAAGGCGCACGAAGGGCCGAUCUGGUGCAUGAAAUUCAACUCCGACGGCCGGUUCCUGGUAACCGGAGGCAAGGACGGCUUGGUCAAGGUGUGGGAAGUGGUCGACAAGCUUCCCCCGACCCCGCUUCAGGCGAGCGGCGACUUCGACGAGCUCGUCUCCGCCGCCGGCAUCCCCACCGCCGCCGCUUCCGACGACGCCCCCGAUGACGUCACCCGCGCGGGGGGCCGGGACCGCUCCACCAGUUGGGGCGCCAGCUUCUGGCUUGCUGACGUGGCAUACCGGACGCUCCGCGGGCACUCGUCGGACGUCCUGGAGGUGUCCUGGUCCAAGAACACGCAGUUUCUGCUCAGCUCCAGUAUGGACACGACGGUGCGCCUCUGGCACGUCAGCAUGGACGAGUGCCUGCGCGUGUUCCCGCACAGUGACUUUGUCACGUGCCUCGACUUUAACCCUGUGGACGACAAGUACUUUCUGAGCGGCAGCCUGGACAACAAGAUUCGUAUCUGGAACAUUCCGGAGCACCGCGUCGUGGACUGGACCGAUGCGCGUGAGAUGGUCACCGCGUGCACCUACACCGCCGACGGCAGCGGCGCAAUCGUGGGUUCGUACGAGGGCACGUGUCGCUUCUACACGACGCGGCAGCACAUGCUGCAGCUGGACGGCACGCUGGACGUCCGCAGCACACGUGGCAAGAACGCGCAGGGGAAGAAGGUCACGGGCGUCCAGUGCAUGCCGGGGGAUCCCCGCAAGAUCCUGGUGACGUCAAACGACUCGCGGCUCCGGGUGUACGACGGGAUGAAGCUGCAGUGCAAGUACCGAGGUCACGCCAACGCCAACAGCCAGAAGGUCGCCACAUUCAGCGCCUCGGGCGACUUCCUCAUCUGCCCCUCGGAGGACGGCUUCGUCUACGUCUGGAACGCCGCCAACUCGUACGUCCCCCCCUACGGCGGCUUCCGGCGCGACCACCACCAGUCGUGCGAGUACUUCUACAGCAGCGGCGUCAACGUCGCCGUCGCGUGGGGGGGUCCCAAGGGAGGGGGGUCCGACUCCGACGGCAGCCAAAGCAAGAGCCGAAGCCGGGCGAACAGUGGCGGGAGCGUCGCGGCCCGGGGGGAAAUCACCAGCGCGGGGGGGGUCCGAGUGCCUGGGAGAGGUGCCCGGGAGGUACCCCCCGGGAGUUGGCCGAAGGAGGCGUUGGGGGCCCGGGGCGAAGCGAAGGCGUCGGAGGAAGUGGCGGGGGGGCGGAACGGUCCGGGGCCGUGGGCGGAGCCGCAACAAGAAAGUGAAAAAGAGAAAGAGAGUGCGCCCACGGCGAAUAGUGAAGCGUCGGCGGCUGCCGAGGCGGCGGUGGCAUCAGCCGCUGCUGUGGGGCUCGUUAUUGUGACGGCGAACUACCAGGGAGAGAUCCGGACUUUCAAAAACUUUGGACGGCCCGUGUGGUUGUGAAGGCUAGGUAACCGUGAUGCAUGUGGUGAUUGUUGACGGGACACUGUACGUACCUAGAGAUAUGGUAGAAGAGCACGGCGCACGCGAAAGUAGAGCAAAGUCAGCGAUUGCUGACUCGGGACUGUACAUUGCUGAUCGACAUUACAUG